AUGAAGGCUUCCGCCAUCCUCACCGCCAUCACCUUCCUCGCGGCCGGCGUCAUCGCCGCUCCUUCUGCCGAGGGCGACGCUCUCGUCAAGAGAGCCGACACCUGCUUCGACUGCCAGUUCAACUCCUUCGUCUCCGGCCGCUGCAAGGGCGCUUGCACUGGCGCCGAGGAGGCCUGGGGCAACGGCGGCCAGAACUGCAAGCACUGCAUUGCCGGCUGCCCUGCGACCACCGCCAGCGACAAGGCCGGCACCUCUGCUGGCUACCCUUGCUAG